AACUACAAUGCAAAAUUCAGAGAAGUAUGAAUUUUGGAAGCUAUCUGUGAUUCUGCUAACGAAUUAUUUCAGAAAGUAUGGAUCUGCUUGCUUCACCUGUAAAUGUGAAUUGAGUUGGUUCCCUCCUCUUUCCCUAGUUGGAGAAUAUCCAGACAACGGGUGGAAUUCAUCGUCAUGCUAUGAAGAAUGUUUUGUUAGUACAAGGGUUUCGGCUUGCCAGACAGAAUGAUUCCCUUUCUCCUCUCCCUGAACGCUGUCUCAGGGGUUCUCCUGACAUGCCCCUAAAGGUAAUUUGGGGUGGAGGACAACAAGAGGGGAAGCCCCAUUGUGCAAGCAGAAGGCCUUGUACAGCGCUGCUUCCUCUCCUGGGGUUUCUAGUGAUGUUUGCAGGCAGGUUAGAUGUCAUGGACUGGUUGGACGCAGAGGAAUGGUGGGAGGAACCAGCUGGGAAACCACCAAGGAAAGAAGGUGCAGAGCCCAGUGAGUGGUUGUUGUUGCUGUUUAGUUGUUUAGUCGUGUCCGACUCUUCGUGGCCCCCUGGACCAGAGCACGCCAGGCCCUCCUGUCUUCCACUGCCUCCCGCAGCCUGGUCAAACCCAUGCUGGUAGCCUCGAGAACACUGUCCAACCAUCUCGUCCUCUGUCGUCCCCUUCUCCUUGUGCCCUCCAUCUUUCCCAACAUCAGGAUCUUUUCCAGGGAGUCUUCUCUUCUCACGAGGUGGCCAAAGUAUUGGAGUCUCAGUUUCAGGAUCUGUCCUUCCAGUGAGCACUCAGGGCUGAUUUCCUUCAGAAUGGAUAGGUUUGAUCUUCUUGCAGUCCAUGGGACUCUCAAGAGUCUCCUCCAACACCAUAAUUCAAAAGCAUCGAUUCUUCGGUGAUCAGCCUCCUUUAUGGUCCAGCUCUCACUUCCAUACAUCAGUGUGGUGUAGUGGUUAAGAGCGGUAGUCUCGUAAUCUGGGGAACCGGGUUCGUGUCUCCGCUCCUCCACAUGCAGCUGCUGGGUGACCUUGGGAUAGUCACACUUCUUUGAAGUCUCUCAGCCCCACUCACCUCACAGAGUGUUUGUUGUGGGGGAGGAAGGGAAAGGAGAAUGUUAGCCGCUUUGAGACUCCUUAAAGGGAGUGAAAGGCGGGAUAUCAAAUCCAAACUCUUCUUCUUCUACUACUACUACUUGGAAAACCAUGGCUUUAAAUAUACGGACCUCAGUUGGCAAGGUGAUGUCUCUGCUUUUUAAGAUGCUGUCUAGGUUUGCCAUCGCCUUUCUCCCAAGGAGCAGGCGUCUUUUAAUUUCGUGACUGCUGUCCCUUUUAAUUUCGUGACUGCUGUCCAUUUCUUCCCCUUCUAUUUGCCAGGAGGUGAUGGGACCAGUGGCCAGUGAGUGGUAGUGGGACAAUAAUGAGUUGUCAGAGGAAGAAGAGGGAGAGGACUGGGAAGAGGAGGUGUUGGAAGCAGAAGGGGUAACAGGGCUUAGUGAGCUGGGAGAGUCUGUGGCAGAGAGCGGUCAAGAAUCAGAAGCUGAAGCAGGCAAGUAGGAGGAGGGGGGCCAAGAGGCAGAACUGAGUCAGGCUGGUGAAGUCCCCCUCCUGCUGUGAUAAGCUUUCCCUCCCCCUUGUCUUCCAGGACCAGAAGAGGCAUGAAGAGGGAGGAGAAGAGGUUGGCUUCACACAGGUACAGUCUCUGAUUGCUGGGGGGGGGGCAGGGAGAGGAGGAGACAUAUACGGCUGUGGAAAGCCAGGGACUUUCAGUCUUGGCAACUGAUUCACAGAACAAGACCUACAGGAGGUGAGCUGCUGCGCCCACUAGGCCUGACACUCUGCCACGUGUUUUUGCUAAUCAAGAGUUAACUCCAACUUUGAGCGGUGUGAUUUCAUGCCGUCUCACUCUUUGACAUUAGACGACAUUGCAUCAGAGCAAGUGGUAAUGCUUUGUAGAUUAAAGUGUCAGAAAACAGAACAUUUUAGAGCAAUGUUCUUAGGGUUUCAAAAGAAAAACAAAUCAAAUAAUUGCUGUAUGGUCAGCAGUUACUAAGCUAUCCACAUUGAAAUUGAAUUGAAAUUGAAAUACUUUAUUGUCACUUGUACAACUUGUAUACAGUGAGAUUACAUGAGCACCCCCCACUCAGCUCUCUUAGUCUUAAUUCCCCUCGUUUACUGACGCACACCCACCAAACCCAAAAGUCAGUUGCCCUGUUGUUUUCUUUUCAUUCAGCAGCCUAACAGCCCACGGAUAGAAGCUGUUCUUUACCUUGUUGGUAAUCAUGCUUCUAUAUCUUCUGCGUGAGGGCAGGAGAUCAAGAAAGUGCAGGCCAGGGUGUGAAUCAUCCCUGAGAAUUUUCCUCACUCUCCUGAGGCAACGUUCUUCCACUAUUUCAUCCAGCGGAUUCACGGGACAGCCCAUAAUAUCUUGUGCUGUAUUCACCACCCUCUGUAGGCACUUCCUAUCAGAAGAUGUCAAACCAGCGUACCACACCAUGAUGUAGUAUGAAAGGACACUUUCUAUUGUUGACUGGUAGAAGGAGAUCAUCAAAUGUUGAUUGACAUCGUUCUUCCACAAUACUCUGAGCAGAUGGAGUCUCUCUUGGGCUUUCUUAACCACCUGGGUUGUAUUGCCAGUUUUGUGCAUGAGUAGAUGAAAUAUUGGGAGCUCAGAGCCGCAGCGUAUGAACGUGCCGCCAUCUUGGAACAGAUGCAAUUGUUAUGCACUGGGAUAUUUGAUUUAAACAUUUGAUAUUUCAGCAUGUUUGAGAGCUUGAUGUGCAAUGGCAUGUUAAGAAGACCCCUGCUGGAUCAGACCCAAAGGCCUAUCAAAUCCAACAUCCAUGUUCCCAGUGCAAUGUCAAAUAAUCCAGUCAGGUGCUUUUAGAAAGCCUGCAAGCAGGAUAUGACACAACAGUCUCUCCCGUGUUGGUGCCACAAAUGCUCUUCAGAGCUUCAGCUGCCUCUGAAUCAGGAAUUUCCACCUAGCCAUCCUGGCUAUUUGCCAUAUCCUUUACAAAUUUGACUAAUGCUCUUUCAAAGCCAUCUAAAUCAGUGGCCACGGCAUGGAAUUCCAUAUAACAAUUAGAUGCACAGAGUGAGACCCUGCAGCUCAGAGUGAUUUCAUAAAUGAUUUUACAUUUAUUAUAUUAGUACCUGAAUAUUUGAGAGAUGACACGCGAUAGUAUUUGAGUGCAUUUGAUAAUGGGCACGCAAUGGUAUAUAGUAUUUGGCAGGGCAGAUCGGUGUGACAUACAAUGGCAUUUAACAUUUGACAGUUUUGUGAUGGCAUCCAUCUGUUGUGUGAGACAAUGGAGGCGUGUGCCUUUUGGGGGUGAAGUCAAAAUUGUAGCAGAGCUACAACACCUUAUGUGGCCACAAAGAUCGAUAUGGAAGAGAAAUAAAUUAAGAGAUGCCAAGGAGAC